AGCAGCCAAUCAGAGGCGAAUCGUUGAACAUUUAAAAGAAACUAGUGAAAGCGAAACGAAGUGAGAUCCGCAGACAUAGUGGAGGAAAGUCACUGCCCUUGUUUGGCUCUGUCUGUCGGGAUGUAUUAGUUGGUGCACGAGUUACACUUAAAUGUCUUAAAACAAUCCUGACUAUUUAUAACUCCGGAGCCUUUUGUCUAUCCUUGACGGCUGAACGCUUGCUGGAUUUUGAAGCUGGGAACAAGUAACGCUUGAAAUCGAAAAUGCAUCUUUCUGGCAUUUUUGUGUUAAUGUUGUGCCACUUGUCAGGAGCUGUCUCGACCCCAGUAGAUACAGUCAUAAUUCAGGUUCAGCAGUGGGGAGUGGUGGGGGACCAGCGGGUCGUGGAGCAGGUCCUUCUCAAUGGAGUCCCUUUUAUUGGCACAAGCAAGGAAGUCAGCAGCAUUAUCCAGACCAUAUCACUUGAUGCAUUCCUUUCAACACUCACAAGUCUCAACCAGAUUGCAGUACUGAGAAACCACACUGUCCUUCGGUCUCGUGAGUGCAUACUGGAGGGGUCUCAGCUGCUCUGGACUGACCGUAUGCUCUAUGAUGGAGAGGUCUACCUGACUCUGGAUCACAAUGAUACCUGGACAGCCCACUUAACACAAGCACUGGCCUUCAAAGCUCUGUGGGACCAGGAAGAGCAGCACACAAGGACUGAGAGGAUCCGCCUUCAGGAGGGAUGCAUCAAGCUGAUGAGAGAAUUAAGGCUUUCUGGGGAUCAGUCAGUUCCAGGUUUUCAUUUUCCCCGGUUUCUGAUCCCAGUCUUGGCGCUGCUGGCCUUUAUCGGACUUAUCAUAAUCAGCCUCUUCCUCUACAAAAAACAGGGCAUGCGGCACCCUGGAGGUGUUAUUGGCUCAAUUAUACAUUACCCUGCGAACACGACAGAGCCUCCCUAGACAAAAGGCUGACAAAGCUAGGACUGAUUAACAGGUUCACAUUGCAGCUCUCUAAUUUAUGACUACUGUUGGAUGACCACUCACUGAUUUAACCCUUUUCCUUCUGUAUGAACAGUGUCGCUCCAUGAAUGUAACCAAACCUUUGCUGUGUUACCAGCAGCUCACUGUAAUGAACCAAAUGUGUGUGGUCUAGAUUUUAGCCACAUUAUUUUAAGCACUUUAACCUGCAUGUGUUGCACUUAACACUUGUGCUUCUAUUGUUUAAUAUUAAUGCAUACGCACACAUGCAAAUAUGUUCACUGCUGGCAGUAAUUUACAAGCUUCUUUUUGCACAAUUAAGAACUGUGAGGGCAGACGUUUGCAUUACUUCUGGACUAAGCUAUUUAAGUAAACAGUGUGAAUGUGCAAUGGAAAUAUUCUGUUUCAAGCAAACUCAGUACAAUAUUUAAUUUAAGACAGAAAAUGGAUUUUGUCCAGUUAUCCAAUGAAUGUGACUGUGUGUGUUGUUGUUUAAUAUGUAAUACCUUCCUUUUGGAUUAAUAUUUCAUUGUGAUUGUCUUGUGUUUUUUCUUAUUGUGUGUUCAUCUAAAAUGUACAUAAAUAUUUAAUUAAAAAUACUUUAAUUACU